GGGGGGGUGAGGGCGGGGGGGGGGGGCAGCGGCUGUUGGCGGCGUCUGUGAGGAAAUUAAAUUAUUUAGAGGGGGUUGUGGCGUUCCUGCGUUAAGACGGAGGUUGUUUCAGGGGAGGUGAGCCUGCAGAGUGAGGCACGUGGAGCUCAGAGUGUUUUUUCUGCUGUAGGGUUCAGCCGUUGGAUUCAGAGUCAUCACCUGUCGUUUUAUUUUUGCUGAUUUGGUGUAAUUUUAUGAAGGUAGUUGGGUCUCCUUCUUCCCAGUUGAUACUUACACAAUUAAUGUAUAACAUAUAUAACAUGUAUAUGCAUAUACAUAUAUACAUAACAGGUAUACGUAUAUAUGUAUAGCAUAUAUAUCAGGUGAGGAUUACCACAGGAUUUGACAAGGGUUGUCUCUAACCGUGCCUUUCCCUCAGCCCCUCAGUAAUCGUGUGACAUCGCCAGCUGCUUGUUCGUUAAAAAACUCCAAACAGGUAAAAAGUGACGCAUCGAGUAGUCUGGCCAGAUCAAUAUUUUCUAUGGUUGUGUGCUAAAUCAGGUAUCCCUCCCUGGAGAAACAUGCAUAUUUUAUAACUCUGUUUUAGGGCACGCUGGCAGCAUUUGCAACCACUUAAACUUUGCUCGUUUGGGUUUUGAAGGGCCUUAAACCUUGCAGGCUUCAGCUGCCGUCGGGGCUUUCAUCUCUGGUGCUUCAAUGCGUUUUCUAUCAAGCUGCUUCUGGCAUUCCUGUGCUUGCAGCUCCACAUGACUUUGUUUAUGAUUUCAAAGCCUAGCUGAAGUGGUCGUGAAUAUAAUAGAUAGCAAAGUGGUUUUUUUCUCUAUAGUUUUCCUGUCUUUUGCCUGAUUUGUCUAUACGUGAGGUCUUUAGAACCAUUUCCUAAUGUUUAUGCAAGAGACUGGCACUGUGGGGCCGCGUCUUAAUUGGUUUUUAGAUGCCGUCUAAAUAACAGGAAUAAAUAAUACAAGUAACUCAGAAGAGAAACGCCUAAUAGCGUGUCAGUUUCUCUUACUGGAUAAGAAUAACUUCAAAGCUGAUUUGCAGUGACGAGAAAUAAUCAGUGAAGACGUACGACGUUCCCCAAAAUACUGAAUGUUCUCAUAAUGAAGAUGUCUUUGCUACAGCAGAUGUAUAAGGACGUACUGGCAGGCAUUCCAUUAGCAAAGGAAAACUGUUAUUAUGCCUCUUUUCUUACUCUGUGUAUUGAGCAGUCACUAGAAGGAGAUGAAUCGUGUGAUCGAAUGCGUCUACCAUCUAUUGAGGGUGGUAUUAGGAGCCAUCAGGAUGCUAUGUCAGACACUGCUGGCCCUACAGCAGAUGAUGUAUCGCAUGACUUAGCAAAUAUGAACUUCUCAUCCUGUCCACGAGAAGUGAUGCUGCUUCAGUUAACCUUGAUCAAAAUGCUGGUUGAUAAAGCAGAGUCCCAGGAAACUGAAUUCAGUACAAGACAGAAGUACUGUGAAAUCCUCGUCCUUCUUCUGAAGGAGCCAAAAAUCAGUUCAAAAUUGAUUUGUCUGCUCAGUAGUUGUGAUCAGCUAUUAUCUCACAUGGCUUCAAAAAGUUUAGCGUCUCUUGUGUAUUUCCAGAUGAAGGAAGAGAACGCAUUGAAUGUCACCUGGCUCACCCAUAGUUUGAAGACUCUCUUGGAAUUCCCUAUGUGUACCCAGGUAGCAGAAUGUCUGUGGACUCUUACAGCUAUUAUCAAAGACAUACUGAAAGAUGAAACUUUACCCAAAGCAGGUAUUUUGAAGAAGUUGUUGUCUCCUCUUGAUGAUGUACUUGAAGGAUUUUAUAAUUCCAUUCUGCUCCAUCAUUUUGACAGUCAUCUCUAUACUUCACCUUAUUCUGAAGCUGCAAAUAAUUUGAUAAGUUUUACAGAUCUGCUUGAAGCACUUCUGGCUUCCAGAAUUGAAUUGGAGCUACCACUGAAAUGCCAGAGAGUAUUGUUUCUGAAAGUUUCUUAUGUCCUGAACAUCAUUAGCUCAUCGACUCACUAUUUCAUCAAGAAGAAGUUCAUUAUGGUCCUUAAAAAAUGUGUCCUUUGUAAAUCUGGAGAAGAUACUGUACGUGGAUCACGGUUCUUACAAAACCCAUAUUUCUAUGAGGACAUGCUUGCUCUGAGUAAUGCUGUUCUGCAAGUUGUGAAUGUGACUUGGCUUAAUCAAAUCCCACUCGGUGAAAAGGCCAGCUACUUUGGAAGUAGUGAAGCUCUGCCUGGAGAUAACACCCAAAGUGGUUCUGACCAAACUGUUCUCAGAGCCAUAAGUCUGGUUGUGCUUAAAGCAUUGGAGUUCAAGUUUCAGAACUCUGCUACAGAAGCUGAAAUCAAAGAAAUCUUUCAGAGUUCCAUGUCCCAGCUGUUGACAUUCUGGAGGAGUCAUAUGAAGUGUUCCCCACAAUCCCACCCAGUUGUACAUCACUGUGAAUGGCUCUCCUUGGUUUUCAUAGAGCAAGAUGAUGAUAUGUGGGAAGCUGCUAAAGCUUUAUUACUCAGUUACUUAAAAUUUGAUAGGUUACGGCGUGAUGCUGCUGAUAACUUAAGCCAAAAAGAGGAGGAAAGCUGGAACUUCCUUACGCAUGCAAGUGGCUAUAAUCCUCACUGUAUAUUUUUAUUUUUUCUAGAAAAAAUUGCAUUUGAUUCCACAGUGCUGCUAGAUUUUUUGAUUUCAUCAGAAACUUGCUUUUUGGAGUACUUGGUAAGGUACUUAAAACUUCUUAGAGAAGACUGGCAUCAGUUUGUAAAUGUCUGUAACUAUUUUGAUACCAAGCAUGGCACUUCUCAACCAGUUUCUUCUAUCAAGCCUCCACAUCAAGAAAAACAAAGCUGCAUGAGCGAUGUGAAUUUGCAAAAUGCUCCUUGUGAACCAGAACCACAGACUCUGAUACCUUUAACUUCUUCUCACAAUUGCUUAGUGUUUACCACAGAGCAAGGCGAUAAUGAAGUUGCAGAGUCUAACCAGUCUAAGUCAUUGCUAUGCAACGAUAGUAAGUCUCUGCUGGGUUCUCUUCAAAGCCUUGUUAAUUAUGACAGCUCAGAAGAUUCUGAAUUAGAAUCAGUUGGAAAAGAGUGUUUGGUAAACACAAAGCAGAUGCCUUUAAAUAAUGAGCAUGAGACAAUGAUAAGGGAAACUGUUUGCAGCUACACAGACGAUAAACAGAAUAAACUCAAGUCUCAAGUGUUGCCUCUGAAACAAAAGGGAUGUAAUACCUCAUCCAGUUUGGCUUGUAUAGUGCCCUCAGAUAACAUCGUUCCCCUAAAAAUAAUGCUUUAUAAAUCAACAAAGUGUUUGGAAGAACUGCAAAAUGCUAUUUCUAGGUUGCAGAGAAGAAAUCUUUUCCCAUAUAAUCCAUCUGCGUUGUUGAGACUACUGAGUCAUGUUGAGAAGAUCAGUAAGAGCAUAAAUUCACAAUAAGUCAAAGAUCUGGCGAUUUCUAACUCAUACAUUAGAGAAUAUUUCCAUGAGAUGAAUGACUUCUAAGCUCAUGCCUUUUGCACCUGUCAGUGUAUUUAAACUGAAACAGGAUAGACAUGUUUUUGGUUGACACCUUAAAAAAUCUGCUUGGUGACGUUAUCCAUUCAUUACCUUAGGGUCCCAGGCAUAUUCAUGGUAUGUAUGUCUGUAGUGUAUAUAAAGAUUAAUUGCUAGCUAUCCAUAGUUUGAUAAUAAACGUCUAAUCUGAAAGCAUAUCAACAAUAUUUAAAGUAUUGUCAAUUAUACUUAAUGUCAUUCUAAUGAUUUACAGACUCCGAUGAAGUGUUAAUGCAACACUUAACUGCUUAGAGAUUGAGCUAAAUAAAAUAUUGUAGCUGGGGACAAUUUUAGAGUUUAUACUGUGUGUUCUGAAUCAGUGCUCUGCUCUAAAUGGACAUGCUGGGGUAAUAGCACAAUCCCAAUAAUCCAUGCCUCUCUUUUCUUGGUUGAAGUGCUCAAGUAAUGUCUAGGAUUUACUGUUUGCCUGAUCUGAUCAGUAGCGUUACUAUCUCACUAAAAGUUGUAUUUAGUUUUUCUUAAUAUUUCAUGGUAUGUUGCCUAUUUAUGGAACAUUUUAGUGGAGCAUUACAUUUAAAAAUCAAACUUAGAUAAUGCAGAAGUUGCAUUGCUGAAAUUCCAAAAGAAAUCCUUACUUCCAUUACACAUUUUAUCUAAGUAUAGAAUAUAUUUACGAAGUAGAGAACUAGAAAUUAAAUAUCUGCAAUGCAGCGAGGUGGAUGUUGAACGUAAACUUUUAU